AUGGAGUUUAAUAUUGAAGAUUAUAAAGACGUUGAUCGUUUACCAAUUACUACAGGAUUAGAAGAUGAAUUAUGUGCCAUUAUGUAUACCGAUGAAUAUAAAGAAGUCAUGGGUAUAGCGAGAUCUUUAUUUCAAUCUAAAGAAUUUUCUAAUAGAGCUAAAAGAUUAACUUCAAAAGUAAUUCAAUUGGCUCCUGCUUAUUAUACAAUUUGGAAUUAUCGUUAUGAAAUUAUUGAAUCUGAAAUCAAAAAAAUGUCUGAACCAGAUUCCACAAACUUUUUAAAUAAAGAAUUAAGUUGGUUAGAUGAAAUAACUUUAAAUAAUCCUAAAAAUUAUCAAAUUUGGUCAUAUAGACAAGCUAUAAUAAAAUUACAUCCAAAUCCGGAUUUAAAAUUAGAAUUCCCCAUCAUUUCCAUGAUGAUAGAUGAUGAUACCAAGAAUUAUCACGUUUGGUCAUAUAGGAAAUGGUGUAUACUAUAUUUCCAAGAUUUUUCCAAUGAAUUAACCUUCUGUGAUAAUUUUAUUCAAAGAGACGUUUAUAAUAAUAGUGCUUGGACUCAUAGAAUGUUUGUUUGGAAAAAUUUAAAUCCAUCAAAAGUGCAAAUAAUGGAUGAAUUGAAUUAUUUAAAGGAAAAAAUUGAAUUGGUACCACAAAAUAUUAGCGUAUGGACUUAUUUAAGAGGGCUAUAUGAAAAUUUCUUAAAUGAUCAAUAUGAUCAAGAAAUAAUUAAUUUUGCGGAAACCUUCAUAAAUGGAUUGUUUGAUAAUACAACAACAUUACCAAAGAUUGAAUCAACUUAUGCUUUGGAAUUUUUAGCUGAUAUUUAUUCAAGAAAUCCAGAAACAUUACAAAAUUCAAUCACAGCAUAUAAUGCAUUGUCUAUCAAAUAUGAUCCAGUUAGAAUUAAUUUUUGGAAUCAUAAACUUAAAAAACUGACACCUUGUGCCUGA